AUGGUUUUCGUUCCUCCUCUAAUUUCCUUUUUUCGCAGCAUGCACAUCGGUGUGGAAGUCAGCGUCUCCUUACCCAAAUGCGUUCCCACGACCCAUGUCCCCGCAAAUGCGAUGUGUACCUUUCGCUUCACCACACUUUCUUUACGGCUCCACAUGGUCGCAGUUCUUCAUGUAGGACAGCAUCCGCAACUCGUUAGACAAGGACAAGGCCACAGAGUUGCUAGAUGUGUUUUCUGUUCUGACUGGAGAUCAAGCAACAUAUCAUGCCUACAGUUCUUGGUGUUGAACAAGACCAACCAUUCACCCCAGGAGAUUGGGUGA